UGCUCCCAUUUCAGAACGGACUCAUACGCAUUGGCGCCAUGAAGACAGUGCGCGGCGUGGCACGGGUGGCAGCGAAGUCCCCCUCAGCGCGUCGCCUGGUGGUUAGUGUGCUGCUGUGCUCCGGCGCAGUGCUGUAUGCCAUGCGGAGAUCUGGCACUCUCUGGGUGCUCGCGCUGUUACUGGGCAUCUCCUUGGAAGAGAUCUACUUGAUGCGCGACUGGAUGGUGGACAUGGUGGCGCGGAGGUUGGGCUGUCCUGAUGUGGUGUUUCGCCGGCCCCUGCAGCAGCCCCUGGCUGCCUUGACCAUCGAUGAUGUGCCGCAGCUGGACAGACCAUCCGUGUUGGAGGACAUCCUGGAUGUGCUCAAGGAGCACAAGGUGCGUGCCACACUGAUGGUGAUGUCCGGCUUCGACCUGCCCAAGGACCAGGGGGGGCCCGAUCCUGCGGUGCGGCAACGGUACAAGGCGCUGCUGAGCCGUGCGGUGUCGGAGGGCCAUGAGCUGGGGAACCAUCUCCAGUUCGACCGGCCAGCAAUCGCCAUGCCCCCGGAGGAGUUUGAGCAGGCCUUUGAUCACUGCGACCGCUUGAUCGCUCAGCUGUCCGGAGACGCUUGGACCAAGAGCGGCAGCCGCUGGUUCCGCCCGGCGUCGGCGAUCUGGAACAGGCACAUCCUCUCCUGGGCCAAAGCGAAGGGCUACACCACGGCCAUGGCGAGCUGCUACCCGCACGACGUGGCUUCGGUGACACGCUUCGUCAAUGCGGCAUACCUCAGGUGGCGCGUGCGUCCUGGGGCCAUCAUCGUGAUCCAUGACCGGUGGCACACCGCGGAGACCUUGCGGAGGGCGCUGCCGUCCAUCCUGACGUCAGGCAUGCGCCUGGGCACUUUGUCGGAGCUUCAGGAGGUCUACGAGCAAGAAACAACCGGCAAGGAGAAGUGAGCCUAGGUCCCCCAGCUAGGUGCCCGACCUCUCACCAACUUCCUUUUUUGGUUGGGAGGGUUCCCCUACUGAAAUAGACU